UUGUACUCAUACUGCUACAGAGGGAUAACUCCUUCGAAUGUAGCCAAUUUGGAUGUGAGGAAAUGACCAGUGACUCUCUUAUCUGUAGUUUUAUGGGAAAUUAAAUUGUAUAGACAAAUAAUGAGGUAGUUUUGGUCCCCUUUCUGUCAGGACUUUGCGCUAGUAUCCUAGUUAUACCUGUGGUUACUUAGCAAUAUACAGUGGGCAUGCUUUUAUUUAGACUAUUCUAUUUUAUUUUAUUUAGACAGUUUAUACAUUGCUUAACUAUAAUCUCUAAGCAGUGUACAAGGAAUACAAUAGAAUGAAAAUGAAAAUUGGUUAAAACUGUAAAAUUAAUAUUUUGUAUGCAUUUUUCUAAUAUUUAACUAUUAUUUAUUUAUGUAUGUAUUUGAUUUAUAUCAAAUAGUAGCCCAACUAAAAAAAUGCCUUUCUUAUUAUUCAUAAUAAAUAACCUUAGUGCUGGUGGAACACUCUGAUAUGGAGUACUGGCACCUUUGCUCAAACUGCUGCUGCUUACCAACCAGAGGCUCCUAGUCCACUCUAAAGCCGGUGAUGGGGGAACAAAGGUAAAGAAUGAUGUAAUGUCAGGACCAGCCGAAAAGCAUCUUUUGUUUGAGUUGUGAGAUGGCUACUCUAUAGCCCAGGAUGAAUUGGUUGUGAGGGGCUGCUUUGUGGAGCAAGCCCUGUAUAACCAGAACAUCAACUGGGAGCCGGAGGAGGCAUUCAUCUUUGGAGGGCCCUCUCAAGAGAAAAUGGGUCUAACUUUUUUCUUGCCAGCCACUACGUAUGACCUCAUAUACUUUGAGUACAAUGGAAUAGUUAAGCUUUUAAGUGCAUAGCCAUUACAUCAUCUUCUUCAACGUUGCUGAAAUUGGAGAGGAAGGCAGUGGCAAAAGAAGGGCCUCUGCUGUUGUCAUGGCUGAUGAAAUGAAUGGUACUCGACUCAUUGUUGGUGAGAGGCUGGUGGCUUUGCUGGAAAGCGGCACAGAAAAAUUGCUGCUGAUUGACAGCCGCCCCUUUGUGGAAUACAACACAUCGCACAUCUUAGAUGCCAUCAAUAUCAACUGCUCCAAGCUCAUGAAGCGGAGGCUGCAGCAGGACAAAGUGUUGAUCACCGAGCUCAUCCAGCAUUCUGCAAAGCACAAGGUUGAAAUUGACUACAAGCAAGAAGUUGUGGUAUAUGACCAAAGCUCAAAGGAUGUGGCAUCUGUCUCUUCUGACUCUUUUCUGACUGUCCUGCUGGGAAAGCUGGAGAAGAACUUCAGCUCUGUUCACCUGCUUGCAGGUGGAUUUGUUGAAUUUUCCAGUUGUUUCCCCAGCCUUUGUGAAGGAAAAUCAAUUCUGGUGCCUUCUUGUAUUUCUCAACCCUGCUUACCAGUCUCCAACACUGGACCAACCCGAAUUCUUCCUCACCUUUACCUUGGGUGCCAGCGGGAUGUCCUCAACAAGGAGCUGAUGCAGCAGAACGACAUUGGCUACGUAUUAAAUGCCAGUAAUACCUGCCCCAAGCCUGACUUUAUCCCAGAAUCCCACUUCUUAAGAGUGCCUGUGAAUGACAGCUUCUGUGAGAAAAUUUUUCCAUGGUUGGACAAGUCUGUGGAUUUUAUAGAAAAAGCAAAAGCCUCAAAUGGUUGUGUUCUAGUCCACUGUUUAGCAGGAAUAUCCCGUUCUGCCACCAUUGCAAUUGCAUACAUAAUGAAAAGAAUGGAUAUGUCCUUAGAUGAAGCCUACAGAUUUGUGAAAGAGAAGAGGCCAACCAUUUCUCCCAACUUCAACUUCCUUGGUCAACUUCUAGACUUUGAGAAGAAAAUAAAGAACCAAAGUGGCCAAACUGGACCCCUUAGCAAGCUGAAGCUUUUGCAUUUGGAAAAAAGCAGUGACCACGGGCUGGGACUGGAUGCUGAACAGAGCAGCAGCAGCAGCCGCCUUUCCUCUUCUCAGCUCUGUGCUACGUCUACCUCAGAGACUGUGGAGCAGAAGCCAGUGGAAUCUGGGAAGCUACCAGGUUCCUCUUUGCUAUCGUUAGAGGACAGUCCAUUGGUACAAGGCAUAAUUGGACUAAACAUAUCCUCAGAGAAAGUUGAAGACAGUAACAAGCUAAAGCGUUCAUUUUCCUUGGAUAUAAAAUCUGUAUCAUGUGUGGCCAGCAGCAACUAUGUUACUGCUUCAGGACAGGGAUAUCCUUCCUUGGAGGACACAUUAGAAUAUUACAAGCAUUCAGCCACCUUAGAAGGUGGCACCAAGCUAUGCCAGUUCUCCCCCGUUCAGGAAGUUUCAGAACAGACACCUGAAAGCAGCCCAGAUAAAGAAGAAGCAAAGCUUCCUGAGAAGUCCCAAAAUGCCUGGCAGCUGGACAGCCAGAGCAAAUGGCAGCACUUGGGGAGAGCCACUAGUGCCACUCAGAGGCCACUCUUGUACCCCCUGCAUCGAAGUGGCAGCAUGGAAGACAACUAUAAAACAAACUUCCUCUUUGGCCUUUCCACCAGCCAGCAGCAUUUGGCCAAGUCUGCAGCUGGGCUGGGACUGAAAGGCUGGCAUUCGGACAUCUUACCUCCUCAGGCUUCUACAACAUCUCUGACCAAUAGCUGGUAUUUUGCUACGGAUACCUCUCACUUUUAUUCUGCUUCUGCUAUAUAUGGGAGCAGCACAGCCUAUUCUACUUACAGCUGCAGCCAGCUGCCCACAGGGUGUGAGCAAACCUAUGCUGUACGCAGGAGGGAGAAGCAUGGUGACCGGGGGGAUUCACGACGGAGUUGGCAUGAGGAGAGCUCCUUUGAGAAGCAGUUCAAGAGAAGGAGCUGCCAGAUGGAAUUUGGGGAGAGUAUCAUGUCGGAGAACAGGUCCCGAGAGGAACUUGGGAAAGUGGGCAGCCAGUCUAGCUUCUCAGGCAGCAUGGAGAUUAUUGAAGUAUCUUGAACCUCUGUGCCACAAUCUACAUUUCCCCCCAUCUGUGUAAAACAAUUCCCUGUAAAUCUGAAAUUUCAAAAGAAUGCAAACUGUGUGUCUUCAGUGUGAAGGAAGCUAAUAGGUUUGUAUAUGUGUGUAUGGGUAUAAAAUUGUGUGUGUCUGUGAAUGCAAAUUAAAAGAGCAAGAAAUUAAAUGACAAGUCUAAUAUGUGCAGUGGGCAGUUGGGUAUUUUUUCCCUCUUGUCUUGCCUGCUCCCACUACCUUAAGGCAGAAAGGGCAGCUAUUUCAUACAUUUUAAUUUCCCUUGACAGAUGAAGCAGUUGUAGAUAAACAAUUGCACAAUAUUAUUGUAUUUAAAGAUUCUUCCUUUGUGAACUAAGCAAAUCUUUUGAUUCUUUUGAAGUAUUCUAUUUAAAGCCCAACCUCACACCUGGUGUUAGUCGCCAAUUUCUUCAGCAAUGCAUCUUAACAUUCAUUCAUUCAUCAUUUUAUUUGUAUGCUGCCUUUCCACAAAAAAUUGUGCUCAAGGUGGCUUACAGCAAGGUGAACAGAAAUACAUCUCAAACAAUUUCCUAAUAACAAAAAUAAAACAGUAACAUAACAGCAAGCAAAAACAACUUUUCAGUAUAUAAACGUAAUAAAACAAUCUUUAAAACAUGAGAUUGAACCAGACUUAGAAGGCUCCUUGCUGUUUCAAGAGGGAAAAAUGUAUGCAAUACUCACAUUGCUCUGUGCUAGUAAGGUUUGAUUGAAAACUAGCAUUCUUUAAUCUGGAUAGUGUGAAUGCCAAGUUAAGAGUGCUAAACCUUCUCAAAAUGAGAAUCUUGGACAGAUUUUUCUUUCUAGUCUGUUAAUAAGUAGUGGCUGCUAUUUGAAAAACAUGGAUUUUAAUUGACAAGUGAUGCUAUUUAAAAGAAUAGAUGGAUUUCUAGUUGUCUACCUGCAUAAGUGCUCUUUGGUUGGCAUCAAGGAUUGCAUUAAAUGUUUAUGGUGUCCA